UAACAUUAAAUGGCUUCCAGAACUCUUACUUGGAAAGCUAACGUAAACUUAUGCAGGAAUGGGCGACCGAGUAUAUAUGUCUUGUGUCAGGAAAUAAAUUAUAAUAGUGCAAAUGGUAUCAUUUUAAUUGCGCUAUGAUUGCUCGAUGAUCACAUAUCUAUUUCAAGUUUUGUACUCGAGCGUGAGUUGUAGGCCUGAUGCCUAUGUAUAAAUAUUGAUAUGCUGUUGCAGCAUCAAUAUGUACUGAAAGUGACAGACCAUUCAGAUACAUAUUUUUCUAAUUUAGUAUCCAAUCUUUCCUUCGGUCGAGGCAAAAAAGAAAAAAGGAAGAAAAAAAAAUUAGAGGAAUAAGGGGAAUAGACGAGAGAAUAAUGGAGAGAUCAAAAUGUGUCAGCAGUGGCAGCAACAGCAACAGCAUAUCUCAGAAAGAGUGCAUCCUUGGAGACAGAAAUGUAUCAUUCCCUGCGUAUCGCAGACCAGAUCACGAAAAGGAUGGCCUUGCGGCAGGUGAUGACUCCACUGAAAUAAGCAUUUUUGAGGCCCAGAAGUACUUCAACGAAAGCAUCAUUGAUGCCCACAAGGUGAGCAACAACAACAAUAAUGGUGCUAUUAAUAUUAAUAACAGAGCAAUAUCUUCUCCUUUGGCCAACAAUGUCAGCAUCGACAACAUGGAACAGCUUUCGAGAUUCUCCUGGGCGGCUUCCUCAUCCGUUCAUGAUGAAUACUCCAGUAUUAACAUGGCAAGGAAUAACUACAGAGCUCGGUCUUUUCAUGCGGCUGCAACGCCAACGGCUUCAUCUGAAGCCAGUUGGAACAGCCAGACCGGAUUGUUAUCCCAUCCUCCUGGUACAGUUGCAGUUUCACUGCGGAGUCCUACUCAUCAUCAUCAUCAUCAACAUCAUCAUGAUCACAAGAAAAGUAGAGGAAUGGCCGCAUUGCCAUCGUCUUCGUCUUCUCCGAGAGUGAGAUGGUUUAGUUUUCCAAGAAGAUGUCCAUGCUCUGGCAAGAAAUCAGUUCGAGUUGAGGAAAAAAUGUCAUCACAGCAACCGGCUAAGACCUCAUCAUCACAUUACGCAGCAGCAGCAGCAGCAGCCGCCCCGAGGAGUAUAUCCUUGGAUCUCAGAAAUCAAACACCCAAGUCAAAGUCAGUGGUGGCAGCGAGUGGCGACCAGCAUUUGAUGUGGGAUGAAGAGGGGCAGAUGACUGUUAAGAUACCAUCAGCUGGAAACCCCCAUAAUCGAUUAUUCAGACCUCUUCCUGCUGCUGCGGAGAUGCAAGCACAACAUACUAACGCCUUUAGCUUUCCCAUAUUGAAACUGAAUGGGAGGGGCACAUCGUGGUCCUCGUCGUCACCAAUGUUGAAGUUGCAGCAGCAGCCUGCUACUGUAAAACAAGAACCAACUCUGGGACGGGAAGGUCUGGAACCCUUGACUACUAGUACUGAUGAACAAUCAUCCACAACUAUUUCAAUCCACAAGCCUACUACUACUAGUACUGAUCACUCGAGUACUGGUUUCACAUUCCCUGCAAGUCCCAAAUCCCGAGUAAUUAUAAGCAAUGAUGACGAUUUGGGAAGCGAUGCAAGCUCUGAGUUAUUCGAGAUUGAAAGCUUCUCUACUAGUACUCAAACAACAGCUACUGCCAACAACUACCCAUCAGUGUUGUACCAAUACAACAACUACCGCAGGGAUUCAAUGGAAGAUGAUGCCUCCAGCUUUAAUGCUAUUAGAGGUUUGUAUCGCCGGCGAAGCAGCUUAGAUAAUGAGCCAAUGACGCCUUCAUCAGCCGAGUACUGCUACGAGCCUAGUGAAGCAAGCAUAGACUGGAGUGUAACCACCGCAGAGGGGUUGGACCGGCCCAGCACAUCAUCGGAAGCAGAUUACCAUCAAGAUGAGCUGGAAAAGAUGAGCAGACGACGCUCGUCAUCCGCAGGGAGUUAUGGGUUGUUGAGCUGUCGAUGGGAGAAGGCGGUGAGCGUGGGGCCGAACCCAGUGAGACUAGUGAGUAGUAUGCCUGCUGGUGCUAGUGCUGGUGCUGUUGGUGAGGUGAUGAAGCAUGUGGGGAGUAGGCCACCCUUACCCUAUAAACCACGCUGCUCUCACUUGUCUAUUCCUUCUGCAACAUCAUUCCAUUCAUAGAUGCAACCGCGGCAGCAGCCUCCUGUUCACGCCAGCACCCAUCUCUCGUCUUAUUCUCCCAUCCUUGCUUUUCUUUCCAUUGGAUAAUCGUGUGAUAUGUUUUCUUUCAUUCAAAAUUGUGUCUGUCGAUUUGCAUCAAUGAUUGAAAUGCCAAAUAGCUCUUUGAAUUUUAUGCGUUCUACUUCAUC